AUGGCGACGUCGAUCUUGAUCCUUCGAAUCUUGGAGGAAAGUUUUGAUUUUGACACCAAAUCUCGCGUUGAUGUUACCCUUGGACAUAGUCUAGGAGAGUUUUCAGCCCUAGUUGCUGGAGGUUACCUUGGCUUUGGCGAUGCUUUGAGAAUCGUUCGCAGAAGGGCCGAAAUAAUGGCCCAGUGCACUCGAUAUGCCGUCGAACGGUCUGGUGAAACAUAUGGUAUGGUGGCGUUAAUAUGCGAGCCGGACCAUCUGGAAGAGCUGCUCUCGGUUAUUCAUGAAUUUCUUGAUCUCUCAUCGCCCGGUUUGAAAGACGAUUCAAGCUCCCGAAUGCCGCCUAUCGAACAUGUGAUGAUCGCAAAUAUUAACUCCACAAACCAAAUAGUGCUCAGUGGCAGUUUGGAAAGAAUUAGAACUCUUCUCAUCCAGCUUCGCCAAUUUGGAGGUCAUGAUCCUCGUGCUGUGAGAUUGAACAGUGAAAGCCCCUUCCACAGUCCCAUCAUGGCACCCGCCGCCGAUUACAUGAGAAGUGCCCUGGAACAUACCACAAUUAAUUAUCCGGCGUUUAUGCCGUGUAUAUCAAAUGUUUCUGGCCGUCCUUUCGCCUCUCGAGAGGAGCUCAAAUUGCUCCUGUCACAGCAAUGCGUUGAGACGGUGAGAUGGUGGGAAAGCAUUAGGUUUCUAGAUCAGGAGGAGGGAGUCAAGCGGUGGAUCGGCCUAGGUCCCGGCAAGGUUGGUAGGAACCUGGUAGGGAAAGGCGUUGGCAAAGUUGUCACGCAGGGUGGCGGUGUUUGGGCUAUUUGCGAUCCCCACGAGCUUGAGAGGAUUAUGGUUGCCCUGGAGCAAACGGAGGCUGACCUUUUGGGCGACUAA